CCUAAUGUUUACAUAAACCCGGAGGUGGAACCAGUGGACCUGGAAGAAAUAUAUCUUCUUAUUAAAGAUGCAACAACGAGUUUAUAUCAAAACUUGCUAAAUCUUUCGACCUUCGUCUACAAAUCAUUGCCUACUUUUGGUCUGAAUACAACCACCACUGCCGGUGCUGUGAAUCCCGAUAGCGAACCAGACACCUCACCGGUGUGAAAAGAAUGCUUUUGUUCCUUUAUUUAUUUAUUUUAAUUGGCUGGUUGUUGCUUUUAGAUUUAACUGUUUUAUAAAUCAGUUGUGUUCGUGGCAAACAUCGAAUUGUAUGAUAUUUGAUCAUGGUUUUGAUUUGACAUUGUUCUGGCUUUAAGUUGCAAAGUUUUUGUUCGUCUCCCUCAUAUAGACUCUUUUGUUGAGCAGCUCUAUUAUGUUUCAAUCAUCCGAACGACGAGAGCUUGAAAGUCUAGCCUUUUGUUUUUGUUAUUUUUUGACUUUUUGUUUGAAGUUACUAAUCACUACUCUUUACUAGUACCCUACUCUUGUUUUGCCUUUUGUUACUAAUCUUGAAUAUCUUGUUACAAAACUUGAUUUUUUCUGUCCUUACCAGCUUAAUGUUGAUCAGAUCCUCUGUAUCAUCAAUAUACUCUUUCAGCUGCAAACACAAGAUCAUAAUCAAAAUGAUGAAAACAAAAAGAAGAACAAAUGGCUUUCUUUGUUUUGGACAGCAAGUAAGUAGUGCCAAGACCAAUGUAUAUCAAGCCACGUGUUAAAAAGUCAAAUCUAUUGGAUGGAGCACAGUUUCUAAAAUAGACCAUGACACAGGAGAUCAACUUCUAAAGUGGUAAAAAACUAACAGAGAAAAAAAAAAACAGAAAGAGAAGCCGACAUGGCGCUAAACCCAGCCAAUGGGUUUGUUAAAAGUUUCCGAACUUUACGACAUACCUUUCGUUCUGUUAUCCCCCUCCCAGACAAGGAACAGAACCAAACCCUAGAUCCCCCUUUUCUUCAUCUUAGUUUUGUCUGAUAAGAAAAAUUCACAACUUAUCCAAAUGUGAAGAAGAAUCAUCACUGAAUCACGGUCUAGGUUCAUCGGAUAAAAUCAUUUUCCAGGUUUGUUAUGGGGUCAGAACAUGAUCACCAUGAAAACAAACAAGUUUCAGAAGAACCUUUAUUAGAAGAUAAAAAUGGAGAUGAUGAGCAUAAAAAGAUCCACUCAGAAACACAUUCAAGAUCCUCUUCUUUCUCCUCCUCAUCAUCAUCUUCCUAUUCAUCACCACCAAGACAUCUACCAGAGACAGAUUCACCUCCUGUUCAAGUAAUGGACAGGGAGGAUCAAGGAACAACGGACUAUGACCCGGACCGGAUCCCAUCUUCGGUUUUCGAGACAAGCAAAUCGAAUUUACAAGCUGAUUGGAGCUGCGCUUCGAACGAAUCUCUCUUUAGUAUUCAUAUAGGGAGAAACAGUUUCACUGUUGAUAUGAUGAAAUCUGGUGAGCUUUUUAAAUCAGGAGAGUUGCUAGCUUAUAGUCCUGAGCUUCCUAUGCCUCCUCCGCCAGGAAAAGAAUCAGACCCUUUAGUCGAGUCCUCCAAAGUUGUUGAUUCAGAUGAUGAUGACGAUGAGAAAGAACAGCCUCCUGCUGUUUCUUGGAAAACUCCUACAAAGUCUUACCGUUCUAACCGAAGCUCAAACAGCACGCAUUCCUUCUCUUUCCCCAUUUUAGCAGGAGCUGCAAGUGAUUCAGCAAGUGUAGAAACAGGGGAACAGAAGAAACAAGAAAAGCAAUCACAAGAGACAGAACAACCAGCAGAAGUAGAAAACCAGAAGCAGUCAACAAUGUGUGGUUGGUUCUCAUGGUUUCCUUCAUGUCCUUCGUGUUGUUCUUUACGUUCUCCAUGUUCUUGAAUUCGGUUUGCUUUGUGUGUUUACGAUUAGUUGACCCUCUUAACUGGUUGAGUAAAACCUGUUAAAUGGAAAAUCGAGUUAAGUUAUGUGUUAACAAAAGUAAAUUAGGUUUAACUAAAUUAAUCAAAUUGUUUAGGUUGGUGUGACCGUGUAAGAGAGCAAGGUAGACUCUCGGGUCUAUUGGAAAGUGUUUGUAGUUAAUGGCCAAGAGCUUUGAAACUUUGUGGGGUUAUGUGAGGUUACAUGAAGCAUAACUCUAGUUUCUCUCUGAGCCUCCGUUAAAACCGUUGUCUCCCGACUCAUUCCUAUUGUAUCAAUUAUUUAGCGCAGAAUAUUUCCUGCUAUUUUCAUUA